UUGUAUAUAGUCACGUGAUUUCCCGAGCGCCAUCUUGCAGCCCACUGCCUCCUGGCGUGGAAUUAUUAUGUUUUUCUUCGUGAAUUUUCCUUAAUUCCUGGAACUUGAGACAGCGAAGUAUGGCCAAGUGCGUGGCUGUUGGAUGUCAAACACGAAGCGUCAAAGGUGUGAAGCUCCAUAGGUUUCCCCGUGACGCCAAGAGAAGAAAAAUAUGGGCUGAGAAAGUGCGUCGCCAGCAUGGUUGGAAACCAAAUGACUACUCCUACCUUUGUGACAAACAUUUCGACGAUAGUCAAAGAGAGUGUAAACGUGCUGAUGGAAAAGCAUUGCUCAAGCCCAAUGCUGUUCCCAAUGUCUUCAAAUACAUCACAGAGUGUAAAAAUCGACAAAUCCUACGUAAAAGGAUCACCGACGCCAACCCCGAUGAAGGUCUUGCCACCAAGGCAAGCCACUCGAACUUCUUGGAGGACCACACUUAUUGUUUCACUCUGAGAUGCUGUGGAGAUUCAUCUUCUGAAGAACCCGAAGAUAUCAGAACACAUUUUCAUCUCGUGGAGCCGGAGCCAGAGUCCCAUCACGUUCAGGGGGAAGAGGAGCCAAAGGCUCCUAACAUUAAGGAGCCAGAGGUUCCCCACAUCAAAGAGGAACAGCAGGAGGUUGAUAUCCCCACGUUUCCUUUGACUGUCAUUGUGAAGAGUGAAGAUGAUAACCAAGAAGAAGGUGAUGGAGAUCAUCUUGGAGGAUCACAAGCAGACAGCGUUCCCGCUCCACCGUCAAAUUGUGACGACGUGACGCCACGCUCUUCCGACGCAGAGGCUGAAGACUGUGAAUUUGACGAGACGUGUCACACGUACGACGAGCGUGUGAAAUGUGGUCAGAGCGACAAAUGUUUUUUCAAGAAGUCUUUCCUAAAAAGGAAAAGAGCACACGCCGGAGAGAAACACUUUGCUGGCUCAGACUGUAACUUGGGUUUCAGUGAACGUUCAGAGUUGGUUCUACAUACGAGAUCGCAAACUGGGAACAAACAGUUCUCAUGGUCAGUUUGUUCUGAGAGAUUAAAGGGACAUUUAAUCACUCGCACGCUGUGAAGAAACCUUUCAUCUGCUCAAGCUACUCCUUAAGUUUUAUUAAGCGUUGCUAUUUAAGUCUAAGUCUAAUAACACACGAAAAGUCACAAUCGAGAGAGACUUUGUGGAGAAGCGACAGUUGGCAAGACAUGCAAGAACGCACACUGGAGAGAAACCUUUUGCCUGCUCAUUUUGUGGGAAAAGAUUCAUUCAGAAGGGAUAUUUAGGAACGUAUUCAAGAACGCACACUGGUGAAAGACCUUUUUCCUGUUCUGUCUGCACCUUUGCGUUCAGUAAUGGUGCAGGCUCGGUGUGACACAUGAGAACGCACAAUGGGGAGAAGUUCUGUGAAGAAGAUUUCAUGCCAAGCAUCAACUCAAGAGACACGUGUGCUGGUGAGCAGCAGUAAUUUAAGCUUUAAAUAGAUUGUAAAAAGUUAAUAUAUUGUCAUGAAUAAAAUAUCACCAUCAAAUUG